AUGAAUGUGCAGAAUCAGACCGCAGUGACCGAAUUUAUCCUGACUGCCUUCCCUGCUCUCCAGAAGCUUCAGAUUUUCCUCUUCGUGGCCCUCUUGUUUACUUACAUGCUCACUCUAACUGGAAAUGGAGUCAUCAUUUCCCUAAUAUGGGCUGAUAAUCGCCUCCAAACCCCAAUGUACUUCUUCCUCAGUAAUUUGUCAUUUUUGGACAUUUUAUUCACUAGCUCAGUUACCCCAAAAUUGUUAUCCUUUCUCCUCAAGGACAGGAAGACCAUAUCUCUUGCAGGCUGCAUCAGCCAAACAUACUUCUUCUUCUUCCUGGGGACCGUGGAGUUCAUCCUGCUGGUGGUGAUGUCCUUUGACCGCUAUGUGGCCAUCUGUAACCCCCUGCGCUACACCAUCAUCAUGAACAGCAGGGCAUGUCUCCUGCUGGUUCUGGGCUGCUGGGUGGGGGCCUUCCUGUCCGUGCUCUGCCCGGUUAUUCUGCUGUCCAGGCUGCCCUUCUGCCAUAAGGAGAUUAAUCACUUCUUCUGUGACAUCGCCCCUCUGCUGCAGGUGGCCUGCAUAGACACUCAUUUCCUUGAGAUGAUAAGCUUCCUCUUGUCUUCUCUCAUCCUCCUGACCUCACUGCUGAUCACCACCAUAUCCUACACCUACAUCAUCUCUACCAUCCUGCGCAUCCCCUCAGCCCAAGGGCGUCAGAAAGCCUUUUCCACCUGUGCUUCUCACAUCACUGUCGUUUCUAUUGCCUACGGGAGCAACAUCUUCAUGUAUGUGAGACCCAGCCAGAGUCAUUCCCUGCAAUUUGAUAAAGUGACUGCUGUCCUCACCAUAAUGGUGACUCCUCUCCUGAACCCCUUCAUUUAUAGUCUAAGGAAUAAAAAGGUAAAGGAAGUUUUGAGAGAUGCAGUCAACAAAAUUGUGUCCUUAUUGCACAGGAAACCUUGA